AAGUAUAAAACAAUCCUUUUUGCAAAGAACACAUUUUAAAGAAUUAGAAUUUAGUGUGGUGAAAUGAUGCAAUUGAAAUUGAGGGAGACGGUUCAGAAUAAUGAAAAUACGUGGCACAAAAUGUAAUUUACCCAAAAAUAAAACGUCUUUCAUCCCUUUUCUGUAAUCAAGAAAGACAACGAAAGCCAACAAACAGAAAAACAAAUAAAGGGGUCGGGUUCCUGUUUAAUUCUUUCUUUUCCUCUGAUAAAAGAAUAGAACAAUCAUAACAGCCUUUGUCAGUGCCAAUUCUUUUUCAAUUUUUGCACUUUUUCAUCGAGGAAAAUGCAUAUUCUUGUAUCCGUUUUGUUUCUUGAAUGAAAACAAAGGCUGUUAUUUGCAUGAUUUAUUCUCAUUUCUAUUUUCUUGUCAAAAUGAAGUAGGGGUUGGGGUAGGGGGAGAGGAUCUUGAUUGCUUGAAUCUCGUAUGGAACAGCUUAUCAAUUUCAUUAUAAGACCACCCAGAGCUGAAUACGAUCCAAAAGAAGAUCUAUUAGAUGAAGAGUUUAUGCUGAAAGGCAAGUGGUACCACAGGAAAGAUUUGGAGGUUACAAAUAGUCGAGGGGAUGUUCUUCAAUGUAGCCAUUACAUGCCUAUUAUCUGUCCUGAAGGAACUAAACUGCCAUGUGUGAUCUAUUGCCAUGGAAAUAGUGGUUGCCGAACAGAUGCCAGUGAAGCUGCUGUUAUAUUGUUGCCAUCAAACAUCACAGUUUUCACUCUUGAUUUUUCUGGUUCUGGACUCUCUGGAGGAGAGCAUGUGACUCUGGGCUGGAAUGAAAAGGAUGAUCUAAAAGCUGUGGUUGAUUAUCUAAGGGCAGAUGGGAAUGUUUCUUUAAUUGGUUUGUGGGGCCGCUCCAUGGGUGCUGUUACUAGCAUGAUGUAUGGAGCUGAGGAUCCUUCAAUCGCAGGAAUGGUUCUGGAUAGCCCAUUUUCUGAUUUGGUUGACUUGAUGAUGGAACUGGUUGAUAGUUACAAAGUUCCGCUUCCUAAAUUCACUGUUAAGUUUGCAAUCCACUAUAUGCGAAGAGCAAUUCAGAAAAAGGCAAAAUUUGACAUACUGGAAUUGAACACAAUCAAGGUUGCAAAAUCUUGCUUCGUUCCAGUUCUUUUUGGUCAUGCAAUUGAUGAUGAUUUCAUACAACCCCAUCAUUCUGAUAAUAUUUUUGAUGCUUAUGUGGGUGACAAAAAUAUUAUCAAAUUUGAGGGUGAUCACAACUCUCCCCGCCCUCAAUUUUAUUUUGAUUCUGUGAGUAUUUUUUUCAACAAUGUAUUACAACCUCCAGAGGAUGACAUAGUGGUUUCAUAUUUUGACUUGACAAAUGAUGAUUUCAGCAAGGGUAGGUGGAGCACGGUCCAUGAUGAGGAGUUCGCUGAUGAAUUAUUGGAUUCACCUGUUGCAGCUACUAGCACCGAGGACACCCUUAAGCAACUUCGCUCCAAGAAACCUAUGAGUACUGUAGUGGUUCCUGUAGAUAUGUCAUCCAAUGAUAAUCAACCAGAUUCCCGGGUGGAAAGUAGGGGGUCUGAUUCAUAUUUAUCACCGUCUAAUAUGAUCAGUUUUGAACUCUCCGAAGGUAGUGGUCAUGGUUCUCACGCACCUGGAUUCAGAGAUGACAAUGAAUACGUUGAGCACCCUCUUAAUGCCUUGGCAGGUUUCCCAAUCAAUGUGGAAGAAGAAGAAAGGAUGUUCACAGAGGCAGUAAUUGAGUCACUAAAGGACUUGGAGGCGAGACAGACUUGUGUCCAGAAACCAUCAUCGAGUGGUGACACUUACCUCCCUAAGCCAGAACAAGCACUACCAAACGAAAAAACAAAUUCCUUUCCUGCACUGAGUGACUCCUUAGAAACUUCAGUUUCCACCUCAGCAACCUUGGCAUUCCAUACGCCACUUCCCAACCCCGACAAAGUAUUAUCAGAAUCUCCUUCAAAAUGUUCUCCAUCUUCUGGUGCAGAAAGUCAGGAAACUUCUUCUCAUAUUUGUUCAUCAACAUGCAACCACAGCUUACCUGAUAAUGACACAAUGAAUUGUUCAAAGGACAACUUAAAUGUAUUAAAGAACUCUAGGAGUGCUGCGGCUGCUCCACGUCCCACGCAAGAAGAAACAAGUAGGCUGACAUCUCAUAAAGACGCAUCAUCAGCCACUCCAAGGCCAUCAUCUGAGGUUGACAUGGUGGAUAGUACUACUGUUACUGUAAAAGUUGAGAAAAACACAACAUCCAAUGUCAUAGAUGGGUGGUUACGUCGUUGGGAACUCUUCUUCCGAAACAGAUGAUUUUAUAUGAUUGAAAAAAUGCAAAAUUAUAUUGCAUACAAGUUCGACUUUCUGAUUUUUAACUCCAGUAAUUAUUCUUUCCUAGUUUCUAUGUACAGGAUGGAGAUAAUGUAUUCAACAAUAAUUGAUCUUAACGAUGUGUAAGUCUUCUACCUAUGAACAUUUGGCUGUAAAUCCUACUACGUAUUAUAGGUGUAUAUGCAUGCACCAGUUAUGACAA